AUACCCCCCUGGGUGGAUAGGAACUUUUGCAGCCGUGCGGAGGGGUUCAGUUCAGUCGAGAGUUCGAGCAGGGGAAGACGAGGAGCACGAGCCAAGCGAGGCGGCCAUGGCGGAGCUCGCCGCGGACCAGCACGUCCGCUACAUCGUCACCGUGGAGAAGAAGAAGGACUCUUUUGAGUCGCUGGUGAUGGAGCACAUCCGGCUCAACGGCGCCUACUGGGGCCUCACCACACUCGACCUCCUCCACAAGCUCCACGCCGUCGACGCCGCCGAGGUCGUCGACUGGAUCAUGUCCUGCUACCACCCGGAAUCUGGUGGAUUUGGAGGGAACGUGGGGCACGACCCGCAUGUCCUCUACACGCUAAGCGCCGUGCAAGUCCUCUGCCUCUUCGAUCGGCUCGAUGUCCUUGACAUCGACAAGGUUGCCGAUUAUGUUGCUGGACUGCAAAAUGAGGAUGGAUCAUUUUCUGGUGAUAUCUGGGGUGAAGUCGACACUAGGUUCUCGUAUAUUGCCCUAUGUACCUUAUCACUACUGCAUCGUCUGCAUAAAAUUAAUAUGCAAAAGGCUGUAGAUUUUGUUGUUAGCUGUAAGAAUUUGGAUGGUGGAUUUGGAGCUAUGCCAGGAGGGGAGUCACAUGCUGGGCAAAUAUUUUGUUGUGUUGGCGCUCUUGCAAUCACUGGGUCUCUACAUCACAUUGAUAGAGAUCUCCUUGGAUGGUGGCUUUGUGAGCGCCAGUGUAAAGACGGAGGACUUAAUGGGCGACCUGAGAAACUAGCUGAUGUUUGUUACUCCUGGUGGGUGUUAUCAAGCUUGAUCAUGAUUGAUAGAGUGCAUUGGAUUGACAAGGAAAAGCUUGCAAAAUUCAUACUAAACUGUCAGGAUAAAGAGAAUGGUGGCAUUUCAGACAGACCAGAUAAUGCAGUAGAUAUCUAUCACACAUACUUUGGAGUUGCAGGGCUUUCAUUGAUGGAGUACCCUGGAGUGAAGCCUAUGGAUCCUGCCUAUGCGUUGCCAUUGGAUGUUGUCAAUCGGAUUUUCUUGAGAAAAUAGAACAUUACAUGUAUGAGAUUUGCUCCACAGAUGAUGUCGUCUAAUGUGGAUGCUUCUCUAUAGAAUCACUGUAGUUAGGUUUGGAAGGAAAGUUGCUGAGGUGUAGAAUAUAUCAUGAAAGUAAUACUUCAACUUUUUGAGCGUCGACAACACAUUUGGACUGAAGUUGUACUGUUUAACACAGCGGCAAACACUGGUUGUUCUUCACUGUCUCCAAUUGUGCUUA